ACACUUUCCUGAGCCCUGGAUCUUUCUUCCUUCUGGACAUAUUCUACGGCGGGUAUUUAUUUAUUUUUGAACAAAAACGCCUGCGCGCCAUGGACCUCAUUGCAUUGCUGAAGUCUCAGUUCCUGUGCCACCUGAUCUUCUUCUACGUCUUCAUCACCUCGGGGCUGAUUGUGAACAUCAUCCAGCUCUUCACGCUGGUGCUCUGGCCCAUUAACAAGCAGCUGUUCCGGAAGAUCAACUGCAGACUGUCUUAUUGCAUCUCCAGCCAGCUGGUGAUGCUGCUGGAGUGGUGGUCGGGCACGGAGUGCACCAUCUACACAGACCCGCACGUCUACCCCAAGUACGGAAAGGAAAAUGCCAUCGUGAUUCUGAACCACAAGUUUGAAAUCGACUUUCUCUGUGGCUGGAGCCUGUCCGAGCGCCUUGGAAUCCUAGGGAACUCCAAAGUCCUAGCCAAGAAGGAGCUGGCCUAUGUCCCAAUAAUUGGCUGGAUGUGGUACUUCACUGAAAUGAUCUUCUGCACACGCAAGUGGGAACAAGAUCGUCAGACAGUUGCCAAGAGCCUGAUGCAUCUCCGGGAUUACCCCGAGAAGUACCUUUUCCUGAUCCACUGUGAGGGCACACGGUUCACCGAGAAGAAGCACCAGAUCAGCAUGCAAGUGGCCCAAGCCAAGGGGUUGCCCAGUCUCAAGCACCAUCUGCUGCCCCGCACCAAAGGCUUCGCCAUCACAGUGAGGUGCUUGAGAGGUGUAGUUCCAGCUGUAUAUGACUGUACACUCAAUUUCAGAAAUAAUGAAAACCCAACACUCCUGGGAGUCCUAAAUGGAAAGAAAUAUCAUGCUGACUGCUACGUUAGGCGGAUUCCAAUGGAAGACAUCCCAGACGAUGAUGACCAGUGCUCGGCCUGGCUCCACAAGCUCUACCAGGAGAAGGAUGCCUUUCAAGAGGAAUACUACAGGACAGGAAUCUUCCCAGAGACACCCAAGGUCCCCCCACGGCGGCCCUGGGCGCUACUUAAUUGGCUGUUCUGGGCCUCCCUGCUGCUCUACCCCUUCUUCCGGUUCCUCGUCAGCAUGGUCAGCAGUGGCUCCUCCGUGACUCUGGCCAGCUUCAUCAUUGUCUUCUGUAUGGCCUCUAUGGGAGUUCGAUGGAUGAUCGGCGUGACGGAAAUUGACAAGGGCUCUGCCUAUGGCAACAGUGACAACAGACAUAAGCAGAGUGACUGAUACGGGGAUAUGUUACCUCCAAAGGGAACCUUGGGGAACUGGGGCCUCUGCAUAGCCUUCUUAGCAGGACACAGCGAUGGAGGCUGGGGACGUGAAGUCACAGCCUUUCUAGCCGGAGUUUUGGGUCUCAGAAUCAGAUGGGGAGGAAGAUGCUUUUAAAUCUUUUCCCCGUGUGAUUUAGUGGGUGUUGGUUUCCUUUCCAGUUGCACACGUGUGGGUGUGUGGGUGUGUGUGGUGGCUGUAUGGGCCUGGCCCUGUGACAGUGCAAAGGGAUGUGGCUGCAGGGGAGGGCAGGGCUGGGGGACAGGAGGGACACGUUCCCUGUCACCCUUUGGUGCUGAGUCUUCUGUAACCCUUGGUUGCCAGAGUGAAAAGUGCUUUACGUAAGAUGACUAAAUUAUGCCUCCAAAAACAAAUUAAAGUAUUUGUCUGGUCA